AGAGUUUGUGGUGAUCAUAUUCCGUGUGUGUCUUCUGAAAGUGUUGUACCGCGACAACCUGGAGCAUUUGUCACAGGAGGUUGUGAGCAUCUAGUUAAGGAAGUUGUGUUGUGAAUGAUCAGCUCCUGUUCCACGGAGCCUGUGUAGUUCUCAGAGCCUCAGUUUGAGAAAUCGAUGGUGGACACAGCUAUCAUGCGGUGCGUUGAUCAAUAAGACUCUUGUGUCUAUUGUCCCCAGACUAGCGAAGUCAGUGAAGCAGGGCUACUUAGUAGGUCAGAUAGACCCCAGGCUGUCACAAGGGUCAACCUCACUCUCUUCAGGACAGCUGGACAAUAAUUAAUGGAUUAUGUGACCAUGGAUGUUACUGCAGAACAAGGAUUUAGAAGAGGUGGUGGUUGAGAAGGCGAGUGUUGUGUACGAUGAUGUGUUGACCAGACUUCUGAGGUACUCGCUCGAUGACAACAACAUAUUGAUUUCCAAUUUUGAAAGUUCCCUGUCCAAGUUGAUCUCUGAGAAAGAUGAAAAAGAUGAAAAUCACAACCUGCUGAAAUCAGGAAGUCUUUCUGACAGCUCUCCAGAAGAAAAGCUUCGAGUGGUCAAGUGGGUGGUGGACGAGGCCUUUAGGAGGAAGGGGGAGGAUUUAGAGGACUUUCUGAAUGAUCACUACACUCCAGAUCAGCUGAGGCCAGUUGAAGUGGGGCAGGAUGCACUCAACAACAACUACUGGUACUUCGAUGAUCUGCGACUGUACAAAGAGACAAGCGGCAAGAAGGGCACACGCAAGGACUGGGAGACGGUUUGUGUGACUCUCGCAGACUGGAAGCUCUUCCUCAGGCAUUUCCGCAAAACCACCAACCCUCAGGAAAUACUACUAUAUCACUACCUGAAGGAGGAGUUAUUCCCCCUUGUGGAAGUUUCUCUUGAGAACCGAAUCUUAAACGAAUCUAGUUGUGAAAAUUUGGAGUUGGAUCCAGAUUUCUUGAUGAAACGUGAGCGGGAAGAAGUGAACGCAAUGUUGAAAGACUCUGACAGCAUGAACCAUGACGUGAAUGGCUCUGCAAUCAAGAGUGAGAACGGAAUGGACAUUAAGGAAGAGAACGCAGAAGAUUCAGCUCAGAAAAAUCUGGAAAACUGCGGUUCGGCUCCCAAUUCGAACAAAAUGGCUAACGGAGACAUGGGAAAAGAUUCACAAAUAAAGCAUGAAGACAGCCCAACAAACAAAACACAGCCGGUGAGCACGGGUCCGAAUAAGAAAGGUAAGAAAGCCAAGAUAGAGAAAGGGAAUACGCCAACUAAUGAUGGGCCUCACAAGUCUCCCGGGUCCCAGCUUCCGCCACCGAUGCCUCCUGGUGGGCAGACGAAGGCGCAGCAGAUCCAGAUGUCGAUGGAGCCGCCGUUCAUGCAGCAGCAGAGCCAGAUCUUCGUUUUCUCCACCAAUAUGGCCAACAAGGCAGCUGAGUCUGUGGUCCAGGGGCAGUACAAGAGCAUGCUAGACUUCCACCUGGACCAGGCCAACACAAAGAAGUUCCUUCAGAAGCACCCCUUGAAGCCAAGUCAGUUUGGCCGAGGCUCUGUGAUGCCCAUGGGCAACAUGCGGAACCCCAACCCCAACAUGAUGAAGGCACAGGGCAUGGGAGGAUUCGGCCCCAAUCCUGCCUCCAGCAUUGAACAGUGGGUGCAGCAGCAAAACGCAAACCUCAAGGAACAGGGCAUGGGGAUGCCAAUGAACAGUGUGAACGGGCCGCCUUUCCCAACAAAUAACCCACGAAUGAUGGGCUGGCAACCCAGCCAAGGAGGGAUGGGCCCCAACUAUCCCAUGUUCUCCGAAUUCGAUGAAUUCAAUGCAGUUAACCACAUGAACCUUUUGCAAAACAAAGUGCCAGACGAAAGCUUAACGCCACAACAGCUGCAACGACGAGAAGAACAUUUGGCAAGUUUGCGUAAAAUUCAGCAGAUGUUGUUCCCUGAUCAGCCUCGAGGUCCCGGGGGGCCUCAGCAGCAUCAGCAGUUCCCGCCCGGUCCGGGGCCAGGACCGGGGCCGGGGAUGAUGCAGGAAGGGAUGGGGAUGCAGGGUGGCAUGUUCCAGCAGAGCAUGAUGUCGCCGCACGGGAUGAUGUCGUCACAUCAGGGCAUGAUGUCCCCCAACCAGGGAAUGAUGGGCUCUCAGCAUGGAAUGAUGACGUCUCAACAACAGUUCAUGAUGUCGCAAGGAAUGUCUCAGUUCGGGCCAGGUGGGCCCCCACCUCAGAACAAUUUAAGCCCUGCUCAAAGAGAGUGGCUGCGAUUGCAGCAAGAAUUUUAUAAUGAAAAGCGUCGUAUAACAAUGAAUCCAAACAUUGAUCAUAAUGGCCCACCCCCACCAUAUUACAGUUCGAUUGCUCAUAAACGACCAGGAGCUAUGGGGAUGAGUGCAUCUACCUCGCCUAAUAUGAAUGGACCUCAAAUGCAUGGUAUGGGCACUGAACAGGAGAUGGGUAUGUUUCCGAGGCCACGGAGGCCAUCACAUCCACAGAUGGAUCCCGGCCCAAUGAUGGGGGGCCCCGGAUUCAGCCCACCAAUGCCCCCUCAAGGGGCAGGUUUUGACUCUGGCAUGAUGCCUGGUAGAGGUGGGCCAGGUAUGAUUCCACCAUCAGUGUCUCAGAUGAAAAAUUCUCAGAUUUCAUUACAUCGAGCGGGCAAUCCUGAACAAUUUCAGCCGGAAUUGGCACCGUCUGGUCCACCAGGGCCUCAGAAAAAUAACAAACCUCCGCCCAGUUAUGCCCAAGCUCAAAAACGAAAAAGAGACGAUCAUCUCGAGGAUCUAUAUAAAAACUUACAACCCACACCUUCACCUCAGCAAAUAAAUUAUCUGAAUCAGUUUGAAGGGCAGGAAUUGACUAUUACAAAACAGUUGAACUCUGCAUAUCGUGAUUCAGGCAUACCCAAUGAAUCGCAGCCCCCACACUUACCAAAUCACUUCCAACAAAAUCAAGUGCAUUCGCCUAUGCAUGGACCAGGCUCAAACAAAGGACCCAUGUCAAACUCUAGCCAGAACUCUAGUGCUGGGCCAUUAUCAAGCCCAGGGCCUAUAUCAGGUCCGUCCCCCCUGUCUGGCCCCUCUCCCAUGUCUGGUGCUAACAUGAGAUUAUCACAUUAUGAUCCGCCAUCCAACAACAGCAUAUCUAGUGCUCCAACCACUCCUACAGCUAAAUCGUCCAUGUCGAAUAUCACAUCAGCAAGUCUUGCCAAUUUGGCAAAAGGCGUGGAACAUUUGUCAAACCAAAUGCAACAAAAUAUGAUGCAAGGUGGUCCGUUUCACAGUAUUCAGGUACAAGGACAAAUGAACAAUGGCAAUGGUGGUAAUGCCUCUCAGGGGGGACCUCCUCAGCAGCAGCAGCAGCAACAACAACAACAGCAGCAACAACAACAGCAACUACCCCUUCCUCCACAUGGUCCUCCUCAUCAACAACAUCCGCAACAUCCUCAACAUCCUCAACAACAUCCGCAUCAACAUCCACCACAUCUGCAUCCUCAAGGACAACCUCAACCUCCCCAUCCCAUUCAACAGCACCAGCAGCAUUCAACUAACACUUCCAGUAUUGCGCAAACAACAACUACUCCAAGUGUGAACAAUACAUAUGUCAAUGCAACCAUGUCCAUUCAGCAAUUGAACAUUCAGAGUGUGAACGCGCCCAACAAUCCUGGUGUGGGCAAUUAUAACCCUUCCAUGCAGGUUCAGCAGAUGAACAGUGAAACGUCUCAGAUGAACGUUCCCGGGGGACCGCAGGGUCCCGGAGGGCCCAUGCAACCUCACUGUUCCCCUAUGUCCUCAGGGCCGUCCAUGUCACAGUCACAGAUGAUGACGACUAGCCAGUGUCCUCCAUCAAUGGGGGUUAAGGCACCUCAUUUCUCAAGUCCCAAUCAUCCCUCCGCGGGUGGAGGUCCCAGCAAUCCAAUGAUGGGUCCUGGGGGCCCAGGGAGAAUGAGCCCAUCGAAUUUCCCCGCCAGCUCCGUGGGCAAUGCAAAUGUCCAGAUCCAACCCAAAGCACCCAAUACUAUCCAAUAUCUACCAGCAAAUCCACCAGCUUCACAACCCAACAUGGGUGGUCAGAAGAGACCUGAUUUGGAAUUUAUGCAAAACUUCUCACCACCACUCACAAACAUAGAAGCGAAAGCUCCAACAUCGACUUUGCAAUACUUUCCAAACAAUUCUCCAACACACAGUGGCCGACCAGGAAUUCCUUCCCCUUUCUCACACCAACAGCACAUGGCCAUGCAGCAAUCAAUGAUGAUGCGAGAACCAAAUCACGAGUUCCCUGGCAUGCCUGGGUCUCGACCAGGACCUGGCAUGCACCAUCCAUCAGCAGGGAUGUCAGGCAUGGACGGGCCCCAAGGUCCAAUGGGGCCGAUGGGCCCAAUGGGUCCCGGUGGGAACAUGCCGCCAGAGGCCAUGAUGAGCAUGGGGGGACCGGGAAUGGGUCCCGGAGGGCCGGGGCCGAUGCCUGGAAUGAACCCCGGACCUCAGGGUCCCAUGGGACCUAUGUCGCCUAUGGAUCCACGCAGUCACAUGGGCAAUGGUCCGAAUCCUGCCUACAUGCCCAACGGACAAUCGAUGAUGAGCCAGAGUAUGAUGCAAAGUCAUAUGCAGAUGCAGGGGCCCGGACCCGGACCCGGACCUGGUGGAAUGCCUAACAUGCCUAUGCAGGGUCCGGGGCCUGGCAUGCCGCGACAGUCCAAUCAACCCAUGGGAAUGCCAGGUCAGGGGAAUCCAUCCAUGCCAGGUGGUCCCGGAUGCCCCGGGGGACCAGGAGGUCCUGGCGGGCCGGGCUAUAACGCACAAUAUCAGCAGUUUCAGCAACAGUUAUAUUCUCAGAGCAGACAGCGACAGAUGUCUCCAAUGGGAGCGAUGAUGGGGAGUCCUGGACAACCGUAUAUGGGCAUGAUGCCAAAUAUGCAUGGGCCUACAUGAUAAGUGAGUGUUGUGAGAAUGUGUGGGUCAACGUGUGGCAGGGCUGGGCUGGAUACCUCACCAGUGCUAUACAUGUAGAUCAAUGGAGGUGUUUGGAGGUGUCGUUAUCCAUGUGAUCUCAUGAGUGUCCCAUUAUAGCCUGUCUACUUAGCAGUGAAGCCAAGCUUAUGUUUGUGUGUGUUCACCUUAAAACUCAAAAGAUACAGUGAUUGUGUGUGAUGGACUAAGUUUUGCUCAACUAUUGUGCGACUUCAAACGUCUUGCUUCUCGAGACAAGUAUUACACAUAUUUGCCAAUAUGUGCUGGAUUUUACCAGGACCUGUGUGGGAUACCUACGGAGGAAGAUAGUGGGGAAGAGUUAUCUCUCCUUGUUUUGUUUGACCGACUCCCAAGCGUGUGAUAUUCCUACACCAAUGAAAUCUUUGACAGUGCAAUGAUGAUGCCCUUCAUAGUUUGUAGGAGUAUGUAACCUGGCCAUAUUUUGCUGAAUCGCCCCAUAAUGGAACAAUUAUGAGCUUGAGAUAAUAUUUUUGUAAAACAUAGUGAAAUUUGUUGUUGACAGCAAUUUGACAAGAUGGCUGUGACUUGUGUUUUUGCGUUCUACCAUGCAUAUCUGCUUAAUGUUUGACAUACCUCAAUGCCAAUGUCCGCCAUUUUGUUUUCUGUCUGUAUGCUAACAUGCUGAAUGUGGAUUCAGAAUAAUAACGAACUCUAGCCUAUCUCAGGGCCAACAUAAACCAUUCGCUUUAAUGGAUUUGUAUCAAAGAAUUAGGAUUUAGAUUGUACCAAAUCUUGCUGGAUCUCAAAGUGCAAUGUGAUUAUUUUUGCAUUAUUAUUUUUUCCAGGAGGUAUUGGAAUUGCAUAAUCGUAUGUUUAUUGGAACUAACACUAUUAACAUAUCAUGGAUGGAAAGUAAUGUACAAACAGUUCAAUAAUAUCAGAGUAAUUUAGAUGUUUAGUUUUGUCAAACAUGUAUUGUAUGUCAUGACAUCAACAAAUCAAAUCUUAUCAAGAAUAAACAGCUGGGGUUUAUUUCUAGGAAUACUCUUGUCAAAGAAAACAUGUUGAAAUGUGAAGUACUCCUUAUUUAAUUUGCAUUUUAAUGAGCAUGAAAUUCUUUAAAAGAAGUACUGGUUUUGAAAUAUUUUUAAGCAAGAAUUAAACUGCUUAGCUUUGUGUGUGCUGAUAUUAAGUAAGACCUGAAAAACUUUUUGAUUAUUUAUUUUUCAAGUAUGUUUUGUUUCUGUUGGGGGUUGGUAGGUCUAAAACAAAUCAGCUGGAGUGGUAGGAUGUGCCUUCCAUUUCUUUCAUUUGCAAUAUUCUGGUAAAUGGGUAAUAAAUUUAAUAUCUUUUUUCUUUGGCAUUUGAAACUGCAUCCUAGACAUGUUUCAGCCAGUGACUUUGUGUUCUUACUGCAUGCAGGUGUUAUUGACAGGAGGGUCACUAGAUUCAGCUUGGAUGGUGAUAGACAAGGACUUGUGUGUAUCUUGCAAUAUCAGAACUAUCCUGUUUUUCGUUUUCGAUGUUGGAUCAUUUAUGUACUUGCUAUUGACUCAUUCACUUGAACCACCUCUCAAAAUGAUUUGUCUCAAACCUGCUUAUCUCAAAGCCAGAUUGUCUCGAACUCACUUAUCUCAAAACCAGUGUACCGGUAUUCCAAAUCUUUUGUGUCCCUGUUAAACCAACGGCAUCACUUGUUUUUUCGUUGGUUUAUCUGCAAAUGUUGAGUGUCUCAUAUUGUCCUCUGGUCCUGUCCUUUAUGAGAUACAGCCACCCACCACUCUCCAUGCAAUCUCAUGUAUCAGAUAUUUCACCAUUUUCAUGGUUAGGCCACACUUUUUUAAUUUUGUGUUUCACGGAUUUAUUCAAGCUUUUCCACACAAGGCCGGUCAAAAUAAAAAUAACAUAAAUAUGGAUGUCUAUCAUUUAAUUAUUUAUUUGUCAUUCUGCCGUUGAAUUAAAACUGCAGUCUUUUUUAAUCACUGACAGUGGGCAUGGAAUUUAUGUAUAACAAUUUUUAUUGUAUGAGGGGGUCUUUAUUACUAGGAGACAUAAUGAAAAUAAAUAUUUUUGUGAAUAAUUUAUCUCUUGACCGGCUACUUCUUGGAAGGGGCAGAGGGCCCAUGAAAUGGAAAAAUAAAAAAAUGUGUGGCCUUGGAAAAAAUAGGGAAAUAUUCACAAGUUUACAAUGAAGAUAAUUAUUUUAGUAUUUUCCCAGAUCAUAUUUGAAUGCCGGUGAAGAUAUAUUUUCAAAGAUGUAAAUUGGUCGAUUUGGUUUUCAUCUUUUACAAAUGGUCUCUUCUUUCAUAGCAGAACAAGCAUUUUAGAUUGAGAAUAUUAGCUUACCAUACCUUGAGAAAUGUUACAAUUCCAGAUACGAAGUGUAACACUUGGAUACAAUUCUGUGUUUUGAAUGGGAUCAUGGCCCUAACAAUCCUCUUUUAGGACUCGUAUGAUAAACUUGAUGGGUUAAUUUUUAAAUUAAUUUCUUGUUUUUUAGACCAGCCAUCUCUGCACAGGCUUUGGGAAACACAAAUUUCAAACAUACACCUUAUGUCACUUUUCAAAACCAUUGGCUGUGUUCAGAGGAGGUAAUCAAUAUAAGCACUUCCGGUAGAACAUCUUUCAAUACUGAGUGUCAACCAAAUUCUCCAUAGUUAUACAUACCAACAUGUGUUCACGAUAUUUUAGUCGUUUUACCACAUAAUUACAGACUACUAUAAACGUUGCACUUCCAAUUGCAACAUCGCUAUACAAGUGCAAUAAUCUUAAAUGCGACAUUAAACCCAAUUUUGCCUCACCAACACUAACCUGUAGAAGUUUUAAAGAUUUUUCCUUCAUAUCAGCUGUUUUCUAAAAAAAUUGAACAUUUUCUGGGUUGGGUGCUUGUCCUGAUCCACAAAUGUUUUAGAGUGCUGGGACAGUGAAGUCUAGUUGUGAUGGUCAUAUCAUUACAAAUUUAACUUGUCGAUACGGGACAAGCCCUGUUAAACAAAGUCAUCUUGGGGCUAUGAUUAUCAAUAUUGAUAUGCUUCAUCACGGACUUAUGAUAGUGGUAGCACCAAGAUCACUAUCUUCACCAGGCCCUUGUCUUCAAGUAUUCUGAUUUGCGCGACACUGUUGACGCUAACUGGUGAAUACAGACAUUGCUUGUGUUAUGACAAUCGUUGUCUCAAUAUUGACUUUGUGUCGGGGCAGAUUUUGAAGUUGGUAUUAGUCGUUAUAAAUGAAGUAAUUACAAGAGGUGUACCUGAACUAUUCUGCUCAAAAGAUGUUAAGGAACACCUGAUUCCUUCAUUUUACUAUAGUUAGUCUGUCAUGGCAGAUUAACUGCAGUAAUAUGAAAGAAUCGGGGCUGUUUAACUUUUUUCAAGUAGUAUAUAUAGGGAAGGGUUAUCAUGAUAGCAGCUAAAGCAUCAUAAGGUUAAUUUCGUGGCUACCAAUAUUUCCGCUUAAGUGGCUAGAUUAUAUAGGUAAUUUAACUAAUAUUGAAAUAGAGAGAAAAAUGGGGGGGUAAGAAGAAUGUGAUGUGUCAGCACUUUCCGUCUUGGAGACAUACAGUACUUGCAUCUAGUUGACUUUAAUUCUAGCAGUAGUGUUGUGGUCAACCUUCCUACGUCACUAAGCAGCUGUUCAAUCCCAGCAUAACAGAAAGCAGUUACAGUCUCUCGUAUAUGUGACAAUGUUUGACAAAUCCAUUUGUGCCCUGUUACGCCUGGUGAGACCUUGAAAGGAGAGAUCAUGUUUUGUAUUAUAAUGGUAUAAUAUUUGGUGCAAUAUAAAUCAAAUUGACUUCAACCAAUAGGUUAAUGUUUAAUAGUUGUUUGGUCAUUGGGGUAAUCAACUCUCGUGCUUUUUAUAUGUACCACUCAAAAGAAGUUAAGGACCCCAUUAUUCUUUUAUAUUACUGUAGUUGGUUUGUCAUGAUAUGACAGAUUACCUAUAGUAAUAUGAAAGAAUAAUGUGGCCCUUAACUUCUUUUGAGUAGUAUAUGAAUACUCUACCACAUUGAAAAGGGAUUUCAUUAAGUUUAUUGAUGAAGUACAAGCGUUUAUUAAGUACUAAAACAUAUGUGUAUAAUUUCUAAAAUAUGAGUUUUAAGAAUCAUCUUCUUUUUUUUCAUCAAGUUCAGCAGAUUGGAGUUAGUUUUACUUACAGAAUAUGUCAUCAAGAUCUCCUACUCACGAUAUGGAGAAUUAUGGAUAACAACUUCUAUAUUAUACAAACACAGUGUUUCAGGGCUAUUUCUUCCCCCUUCAUCGUUAUGUAUGUAUAAUAAAGUAGUUGUUAUCUUGUAUAAUAAAAAGUUUACCCAUAAUACUUCAUGUCGUGACUGCUUCCAACUUGUUUUUGUUUUAAACAUUAUCUUGACAUAAAUGGUCAUUUGGAUUGGGCAAAAGUUAUCCAUUUUCGGUGUCCCUCUCCAACUUCUACAUGCCUGUGAAGACUCAAUCACUUUUACUGUUCUAACAACUAAAUACACCCAUUAAUUACGGUAGAGUCUAGCAACACAAGUUUACUCUUCUUCCCAAUGGCAUCUCAUAGUAACAUGACAUGUGAUAUUGUCUUGAGUUAUCUGUCAUGAAGUGCCAAGUUGUUCCACUUAGACCUAGUGUGCUAUGGACAUUUGCAUGACCUUGUUAGAAAUCUGGCCCUUGGUAAAAUACUCAUUCAGACUUAUCUUGACAAAUUGGUAUUUUGUCUGUUGAAGUGAAACCAAAUAUCACCCAAAGGACAACGAAAAGAUUGUUUUGAUUAAUGUGUGUUCACAUCAUGUUUUUAUUUGGGAUUAUGUUUUGAGGAACUACCUUCUUUCUUUUUUUGUAAUCUGAUGGUUCUCUACCAAUGGCCAAGUAGCUAUUUAUGCAUGCUGGAUUCAGUGUUGACCUUGAACUAUAUACUGCUGCUUACAAUGGGUAAAACUACUUUUCUUUGGUGAUCUUUCAUGAGAAACAUGGUUCAAACAUUUUGGAUAAAUUUACUUUAUCUUCUAAAUCAUAUUUCAUAGAAACUAUUUUAGAAAUAUUUAUAAUUUAAUUUGUAAUAUUUAAGAAUUAUUCAUUGUCAUUAGAAAUAUUUUGAUGAAAAUCUCCUUUUAACUUCAUCCUGCUCAAAUCUGGAUAGAUGUAGAGUUAUCCAAUCUGUUGAAUGGCCCGUUUCUGCUCGUCAUAAUGGAAUAUUGUUAAAUAACCAAAUAUUACUCUUGUACAAAUGACCUUGUGGUCUUCAUCAUACCUGAGCUAGGAGUCAGUGUUGACUAAUGGUCCCCAUCUGUUGUGUUCAAAGGGGCGAAAUUGUUAAUCAUGUACUACGUAUAAAAUAUAUAUAUAUACAUAUUACAUCCAUAUAUUAUAUGUACAUAGAGUUGUGUACAGUUGUAAAAACAAGCUUAGAUAGUUGAUGACAGAAUCUCUUGAGAAUGUUGCCGGAGAUUACUUGUAGCUGUGCUAAAUAGUUACCAACCAUAGAUCCCUAUGUUGUUCCCACAUUGAAAAUGGCUGAUGAUGGUAGUCAGUGUCUGCUCUGUUCUUGUUUUAACAGCUGGUUCUAACGAUUCUAUUUUUGAUAAAUUUUCUAUAUUGUCGACCGCUGUCUCCCAUGCAGGGAGAUGAUGAUGAUGAUGUUAUGAUGAUGCCUGUACAGAACUUUUAUAAAAUGAAUGCCUUACUAAUCGGGUGUUUUCGUAUGUCAACUGGCGGAUAGUCAGGGGACUGACGUCUGCAGAACGUAGAAAUUCUGACUAGUAAAAUUGUUUAAAAUUG